AUGAGUCGCAAGACACCUCAACAGAGAGAGGCCAGUAAAAAAGCCAAAAUUGAGCCUCUGAAAAGCGACAAGUAUCGCCUAAUCAGCCGACUUGGAGACGGGGGAUUCUGCGAAGUAUUUAAGGCAAAAGAUCUUGUAAACAAUCGCUACGUGGCAAUUAAACGCGUAGAUCGCAGCAAACCGACUUACCAGAAGUAUUCACCGAAGGAUGUUGAGAAGAAAGUAAAAAAACUCAUGUAUCGAGAAGCAGCUAUUAUGAGGGCAUUGGAUCACCCCAACUUAAUUAAACUCUAUGAGCUGGUGGAGGAUAACGACCAAAUAUUCAUUGCCAUGCAGCUUGCUGAAGGAGGCGAACUCUUUGACAGAAUUAUUAAAAGAGGAAAAUUUACCGAAAAGGAUGCAGCUCAAGUAAUGGCUCAAGUAAUUGGGGCAAUCAAGUAUAUGCAUGAUCGCGGUUUUGUCCACCGCGACAUCAAACCCGAAAAUAUCCUUUUCUACAGCGCGGGCGAUGACUCAAAGCUUCUGAUAACAGAUUUUGGACUAUCACGCGAACUGGAACAGAAAAUGCUUACAAACUGCGGUACUGUUGACUAUUCAGCUCCAGAGCUGCUGAAAAGUAAACUCACCAAGGUUGGCUACGGUCCCGAAGUGGACAACUGGAGCAUUGGAGUUGUUUCGUACAUCUUGCUCUGUGGCUACCCUCCCUUCUAUUCAACGAAUCAAGAUGAUGGUGAGAUAAAAAAACAGAUAAUGUCUGGAGUAUACCACUUUCAUCAUCCACACUGGGACAGUAUAUCUAAACAGGCGAAGUCAUUUGUUGCUGGUCUACUAAAAGUUGACCCUUCAGAGCGGAUGUCGUUAAAGAGUGCUCUGGAACACCCGUGGAUCAGACUCGAGUGUCCGAGCACAAUAGAUAUAUAUCCACUGAUUGAGGAGAAGAUGAAGGACACGAUCGCCAAACAGAGGUGGAGGUGCUUGGGGCUAGCCGCGGGAGCAGUCCACUUGCUGAGUAUCCAAAGUCCCUCAAUGGUCGUGCGUAGGCCUUCAAUUAUGCAGACCCCGAUAAUUAGUGGUUAA